GUAUUUCAUAAAUAUUUGAGUUGUAUGUAAAUGACAAUCGCAGUCGCAGUGACUCGGAAGCCACAAUAUCGCUUUUAAUACGAGUACGCAGACCUGAUGGGCUCUGCCCUGGAGUAAAUCUCCGCCUGCUGUUACUGCUGGCUGCCGCUGCUGCUGCCUGCUGCUGCUGCCUGCUGCUGCUGCCUGCUGCUGCUGCUGCUGCUGCCGCUGGCUGUUGGAUGUUACAGUUGUGCCAUUGUUUUGGUCACACAGCUGAGAAACAACAACUCACGGCAGCUGAAAUUACCCAAGCCAAAGACCUGCAAGGUGGCAUGGGCCCCAAAGGCCUACGCUACACUCUGUGAAAAUCAGGAAAAACAGACGUUGCCGCGCUUAGACAAUGACUCGGCAGCGAUGCUGGCGUUGACAGCGGCAGCGGCAGCAGCAGCAGCAGCAGCAACAACCGCCGCGCUGGCUUUGAACCGCCGGCUGGCAGUUGGCAAGCUUCAGUCUAGCUUGAAGUGUGAACGCGCACGGUAACGUGUUUAUCGAGAACACAAAAGUCGAGUGCUGGAAAAUUCGGAGUCGGGACACGGAUUCGGAUUCGAAUACAGCUUUGGAUACGUACGUCGUCGGCCACGCAACGCUGCGCACGGCGCUAGAGCAAUGAAAAUUUAUAAUUUGCAUAAUUGUUGUUAUUAUUUGGUGUAUUAAAUUGUGUAUGCCAGAAUCGCAAUUGCUGUGCAAAGUGAAAUGAAACCAAAGCAAAACUCCUAACCAAAUGCCGCGCAGCAAAUAAAUUUGAAAUUUUUCGAAAAUUUUUUCAAUUUAAACUUCAUUUUAAUACAAAGCCAACCCAACUUCGAGAUGUACUGCACCAAAGAUUGCGCCUGCCGUUUGUGCCGCGAGCUACGCGACUAUAAGCUGAGCGCCAAGAAGCCAGUAGUGCUGCCGCCGCAGCAACAGCUGCCCGCCAAGUCCAAGUCGAAGCUGGCUGGGAAGGGAACGCCUCCCGGCUCCCUGCUGGGUCGCAUGCUCAAUGAGAAUUUCAUACUGCGGCGACGCGGCAUUUCGCUGAAGAACUUUCAGCCGCAAUCGCUGCGCAAUAGCGAAAUGUGUCAGUCGCAGCCGCGCGAUGUGCCACGCCCAGCGCAGACACCAUCGCCCACGCCCAUCGAGGAGCUGCCCGACUGGGCGGCCACACAGCGCCGACGGGCAGAGGAUCGUGAUGGGAAUGGAAAUCUGGGUGAUCGCGAGGUCAAACCAAAUCACAAAGUGGUCAUCUAUUUUGGUGACUCCAUGAAUCGAGCUCAGCAGCCGCCGCAGCAGCAGCAGCAGCAGCAGCAGCAGCCACCCGCAGCAUUGGCUACGAAACUGCCCGCAGAUGCAGCCAAUCUCCACUCACAGCUGCUGCAGGAGAUGUCCCACAAACUGCAGGCCAAUGACAAAGUCAAGCCGGAGACGGAGCCGAAAAUGGCGUUGGAAGCGGUGGAGGCGUUGGAACUGCCGCAGUCGAAGGCGGCGGGUGAGGCGGCCGCGAGGGCGGAGGCGAAGGCGGAGGCAAACGUUGAUGAUGAACUGCCGCCCUACAUUGAGAGCGUGCAGAAUGGCGUAAUUAAUAUCAAAAUUGAAGGCAAUUACCGGCGCGCCAGUGCGCUGGUGGAAACGGUGGCAAAGCCAACUCUGGCCGUUGUUGGCCAAAUGAAAUCCGAUGCUGCCAACAGCAAACUAACUGCAGCUGAUCAUGAUAAUGACGACGACGACGACGACGACGACGACGAUGAUGAUGAUGAUGAUGACAGCGUCUCUGGCCCUGGCCACGAUGCGGAGACCGCGAGUCAGUCAGAUUCAUGCGAUUGGAGCUACGUUCAGGAGUGGCGACGCGCUGCGAGACGACCCACGGGAAACUUGCCGCCAACCUUUGGACAGCAGGCGCCCGCACAGGUGACGGGAUUGCCGCCAGUGCCGGUGCCGCUGCAGCCGCAGCUGCAGGCACAGCAACAGGCGCAACCAGCCCUUGCAGCACAUGGUGCGCCACAAGUGGGAGCCGGCGGUGGUGGCCAUGCGGUGGCUAUGGCUACGCCAGCACCGCGCGUCUUCAAGGAGCUGGCGCAGCAGCCGAACAAGGCGCCUGUGAGCGUGAAUAAGAUGACAGCGAAUGCGCUGCCAGUGGUAACCAGCCCCUUGCCCCAGCAGCAGCAGCUGACGUCGCCCAUCUCCAAGGCGGCAAUGCCGCAGCGGGCGGUGGCCGGACCCGCUAGGCUCACGGUGCAAAGCACGCCAGUGAAGUCUCAGCCGCCGCAGCUGAGCGGCAGCCUGCAAAGCUCUCCCAGUCGACCCACGCUGGGCAUACCGACGGCGACAACGACGCAGGCGCCGCGUACGCAUCAGCACGAGCAGUUUCGGGCGCUGCAGCGGGUGCAGGAGUGCCACAGUUCCUCGGAUGAGAAUCGCAGCUCGGGCCAUGCUAGCAUGUCGGAUACGGGCGGGCACAGUUCGUCGCCAGCGGGCGGCAUGACAUUGGGACCGCUGCCCGAGGAUCGGCUGGCCGCUGGUGUUACCAAUCGCAGCACACGCUCGAGACGCCAUCGUGGCAUAAUGCCAGCCGGCAAAGCGCCCUGGAGCGGCAGCGGCCUGGAGGACAUCAAGCUGGCCAUACAGCAGCUGACCAUGCGCUCCCAGACAAGCAGCAGCACCUACAGCAGCCUGAGCGCCGGCUCGGAAAGCUCAGAGCCGGCCAGGCGACUGGGACGCUAUUCAUCGCUGGAGACGGUGAUUACCAGCACCAGCGCGGAUGAGUUUGUGUGGGUGGACUCGCACAAUCGGCUCGUGGAGCUGCAGCAUCCGCCGUGGAGCCAACAGUGCAUAAUGCGUGUGCUGCGGAAUGGCCGCUGCAAGCAGCAGGCGGAGCAUGUGUCCGUCGAGGUCAUCUCCCGGCUAGGUUAUCUGCUGCAGCGUGCUCUGGUGCGCAUCGCACGGGAGAUACAACGUUUCUCGGCGGGGUUGGGCUUGUGCUCCAAGCAGGAGGUGACCGGCGCUUUCAAGGUGGUGCUCUGCUCCACACUGGCCGACUCCUGCACCAAGGCGUGCCUGCGUGCCGCCGCCAUGUUCGCGGUGCCCGGCGAGAGCGCCCUCAAGCAAAGCAAAUCCUCGCGCGCCGGUCUACAGCUGUCGGUGGGCAGCUUCUUCAGAUGGAUGACCGAUGCUCGGCUGGGCAAGUUCAUACACGAGUAUGCUGCCGUCUAUUUGUGCGCUGGUAUUGAGAAUCUGCUCGAGGAGAUUAUGCUGCAGUGCGGCGGCGGUGCCGGCGGCACCACAGCCCAGGCUCUGGAUCAGAGCAUUGCCAGUUCGGGCGAUUUUUGGGGUUUGCUGCAGCCGUUUGCACAUUUGAAUGCCGGACGCAUUGCCUCCGGCGCUUUGGCCAUGCCGCGCUGGGCGAGCACCUUUUCGCUGGCCACCUGUGUGGGCAGCAUACGCGAGCUGAAGGAAAAGGCGCUGCGCACACAGCAGGAGUUCCAGCAUGCGGCCGCCCUCUCCAAUGCGGCGCUAAGUGCAUUGUUUUAUUUCAUGCGCUGCUCCCAGCUGGAGCACACCGAGCUGGCUGCCCAAAGCUCAACGGCCGGCCAGGCGCCACCCAACAGCGGCACCCAAAACGUCCAGGAGCUGUGCUAUGAGCGCGCCUACGUGGUGCUCCCACCGCUGGCCGAAUGGCUGCGAGUGGCAUCGGCGCACGCUGAGCACCGCAACGGCCUGAUGAUUGAUAAGGAUGACAUUUUACAGGCUGCGCGUCUAUUGCUGCCCGGUGUGGAUUGUCCCAUACGUCCUGUGGCCCAUGAUGAGGAGCUGCCCACAAAGAAGACGCACUUUAGCAGUGCCAGCAGCGCGGGUAGCAGCGCCACGGGCACUGGCAGCUCCAGCUCCAGUUCACCGGCCGUGAGCAGCAUUGGCGAGGACACCUCGGAGCUGGGCAGGCGUGCCACCAUUGGUGUCGCCUUCAAGCUGCUGCUGACGGGUCGCGCCGAGCUUCUAGCCCAAGCUGCUCAGCUGCUGCCGCCCACCACGCGCUAUGAUACACAGAACAGCGCCGGGUUGACAGCUUUGAUGAUUGCCAGCAUACGGAAUGAUGAGGUCGCUUUGCAUGCCCUGCUCGAUGCCGGCUGUGAUCCGAAUGUGGAGGUGCCGGCGGCAGGUAGCACUGGCUAUCCGGCCAUACAGCCGGACACACAACACUGGACGGCGCUCAGUUUUGCCGCCAGCCGUGCCAACUAUGUGGCGCUGCGAAUCCUGCUGGAACGUGGCGGCAAAGUGGAGGGCGGCGCUCGCAGCAGCGAGGAGAAGUGCACAUUGACACCGCUGCAAUUGGCCGCGGGCACAGGCAAUCUGGAGAUGGUGGCACUCCUACUGGCGCAUGGCGCCAAUGCGUUCCUGUCCACACAGCAGAAGGACACACUGUGCUUUGCGGGUGCCGCGCAGAAGGGUUGCUUCUGUGCCAUCUCCGUGGCGGCAGCGCACGGGCAUCGCGCGUGCCUGCGCAAGCUGCUCACGCAUCCGCUGUCGCCGGGCACGCGGGAUGUGCUCUCGCUGGAGGAGAUGCUCGCCGAGGGCGAUGUGGUGGGCGUGCGCGGCUCUGGCGCUGCCACGGCCACAGUCGCUGGGGAGGAUCUGUUGCCGCUGCUGAACAAGACGCAGAUCAAGCGACUCCAGGAGGCCAUGUACCACAGCGCCGAGAACAAUCACUUGGACAUAACCAUAGAGUUGCGCAAGCUGGGCGUGCCGUGGACCUUGCACUGCUGGAUGCAUGCGCUGUCGGCGGCUCACGAGUUGCGGCUGGACGCGGUCAUUGAUCAGCUGCUGCAGGACUUUCUCCAGGUCUGCCCCGAUGACUAUAGCGCCCAGUUUGUUAGCGAGUGCCUGCCCCUGCUCUUCAACAUCUUUCGCAACAAGAACGAGGGCACCACGCUGCUCCUGGCGGACAUAUUCGCCACAUGCUUUGGCUGGGAGGCACUGCAUCCACUGAAAGAGCAGCCCCCACUGCAGCCAGUCCAGGGCACACGCAUCGAUCCAAAGUUUGUCAACAAUCCGGAACUAAGCGAUGUCACCUUUCGCGUCGAGGGUAAAAUAUUCUAUGGCCACAAGAUAGUGCUGGUCACGGCCUCGCCACGUUUCCAGAGCAUGCUCAGUGCCAAGCUCAGCGAUGCCAGCAGCACGCCCACUGUCCAGAUCAAUGACAUACGCUAUCACAUCUUCCAGCUGGUCAUGCAGUUUCUAUAUAGCGGCGGCUGCAGUGCUCUGGAUGUGUCCCAUGGCGAUGUGCUGGAACUGAUGGCUGCCGCCAGCUUCUUUCAGCUGGAGGCGCUGCUCCGCUACACAGAGGCGCGCUGCUCCGAGAUGGUCGAUGUGGACAAUGUGGUCGCCAUGUACAUACAUGCAAAGGUUUACAAUGCCAACAAUCUCUUGGAGUAUUGCCAGUGCUUUCUGCUGCAGAAUAUGGUCGCGCUGCUGACCUACGAUGAUUCAGUGAAGCGUCUGCUGUUUGCCAAGAAGAUACCAAAUCAUGAUGUCCUGGCCGGCCUGCUCCAGACGCUGCAGCAGCGACUCAAGAGCCGCAAGCCGAAUGCUGGUGGAUUGGUCAACGUCUAUCGCUCUCCGCCGGCGACGCCUGUCAAGAAGUAGCUGCAUCUCGCUCCUUACCCAGACUAAGAUACACAGCAUAUGUUCUGCUUAUGUCAUAUUUAUUGCAUUGUUCUUAACGAAUCUCUUUGAGCUCUCGUACUCGUAUGUAUUAUAACGCCCCUUAUGCCUAGACCUAUCUAACCUAAUACUUGUAGUUGUAUUUUGUACCCUCAACUUGUUCAGCGCACUGUUAAUUUAAAUGCUAGUUAACGUGGUACAGCUUAUAGCGUCCAGUAGCAAACCUGUAGUUAGUUGAAAUUGUUUCUGCAUUAAAUGAAAAAUAAAACCUAAAACAAUA